ACGGGGCUUUCUUUCCCCGACUCCGCGCUUGCUUCCGGGGGGCCGGGGCAGUUCCUAAAUCUUGAACAUUGUGAUGACGCGCUGACGCGCGGAUCGUUUAUUCUCCCCCAGGUCUCUCCUAGGCUCGAGGUUGAAAGAGGUCUUGGUGAAAACGGCAAGAUAGAAAUAAGAUUGUGACACAUGCUAUUGGUUGAAAGUCAGAGAAAACCAGAAAUUUUGAUGGAGGAACUUAGAAGGAUUUUGCUUGUCAUUUUUGAAAGGUUGGGGGAAACCGGAGGCAUAAAUUGCCCUGUGUGAUUUGACUUAAAGCAAUACAAAGUAACUUCGAAUAGGCCUUUAACAGUUUGAUCUUUUGGGAGAUUGUUCAAGAAAUCAGCGCUGUGAAAACGGCAAGGAAGCCUCCCACAAGUUUAAUGUGAAUUGUGUUCCCCGGAGUUUGUCCUAGAGCUCUUGAUGUGAGUGAAUAGGAAGGUAGGAAUACCGAGGAGCAUAAUAAGCCUUCUGUGAAUUACACACAGGCUCUGAUUUAGCGCUUAAGAUCGUGCCUAACACUUAUCUUUGCUCAGGGUUAAUAUAACCGAGAGAAAAGUAUAAGCGGGAACAUCAUAGUAGUGUAAAAAGUUUCACAAUGAAAUCCGAAGCCAAGGAUGGAGAGGAGGAGAGUCUACAAACUGCUUUCAAGAAAUUAAGAGUGGAUGCAUCAGGGUCCAUAGCAUCUCUGUCUGUUGGAGAAGGCCCAAGUGUCAGAGCAUCAGUCAGAACAGCAGCAGACGAUACCAAACCUAAAACCACAUGUGCAUCUAAAGACAGUUGGCAUGGCUCUACACGGAAGUCUUCACGAGGAGCAAUGAGAACCCAACGUCGUCGACGAUCUAAAUCUCCUGUCCUUCAUCCCCCAAAGUUUAUACAUUGCAGUACAAUAGCAUCUUCUUCCAGCAGCCAGCUCAAGCACAAAGGCCAGACUGACUCCCCUGAUGCCAGCAGUGGGCUGGGAAUUUCAACCCCUAAAGACUUCAGUGCAGGAGAAUGCUCUACUUCUCUCGAUACUAAUCACACAGGGGCAGUUGUUGAGCCUUUGAGAACUUCGGUUCCAAGGCUGCCGUCAGAGAGUAAGAAGGAAGACUCCUCUGAUGCUACUCAAGUCUCCCAAGCAAGUCUCAAGGCCAAUGAACUCUCUGACUUUCAAUCUGUUUCCAAGCUAAACCAGGGCCAGCCAUGUGCAUGCCUAGGCAAGGAGUGCCAGUGUAAGAGGUGGCAUGAUAUGGAGGUGUAUUCCUUUUCAGGCUUGCAGAAUGUCCCUCCCUUGGCCCCAGAACGAAGAUCCACGCUUGAGGACUACUCUCAGUCGCUUCACACCAGAACUCUGUCUGGCUCCCCGCGCUCCUGUUCUGAGCAAGCUCGAGUCUAUGUGGAUGAUGUGACCAUUGAGGACCUGUCAGGCUACAUGGAAUAUUACUUGUAUAUUCCCAAGAAAAUGUCCCACAUGGCAGAAAUGAUGUACACCUGAUAGCAAGAACCAACUAAUAUGCUUUAAACCAAUGAAGGGCUGUCAGAGAGAUGUAGUUAAUGGCAGACCUGGCAGCCACUUUGUGUGAGAAGACACCUCCUGCUCACUGUGCUUGCAAUAAAAACUUUACUUGGCAUCUCA